GCACAACUCAAGCCAGUAGACAACCAAACGCACCAUGGACCUCCACCGGACAAGUAUAUUAAACCAAAUGGAUUACAGCCGGGAGUCUAAAGAAGGGAAGCCGCCUCAGUCGACAGAGGAGCGGCUCGACAGCGGCUUGGACUCGCUGAAAGAGGAAGAGUACCAGGCUGUGGCGGCCGAGAUCCGUCGGCUCCAGCUGGAAGGCGAGCCGCCGCAGCACAAACAAGCUCCCGCUGUAACCGGAGAGCUGCACGAAUGGAAAACACAGAUCACAGAGGACGGGGACACGCUCCUCCACCUGGCCAUCAUCCAUGAGGCCAAAGACUACAUCAAAACAAUGAUUGACCUGUCCAGGAACACAGACUUCCUCAACACACAAAAUGACCAGAGACAGACUCCUCUCCACCUAGCAGUAAUAACGAACCAGGCAGAUGUGUGUCAGCGCCUGCUGGUCUCCGGCUGCGACCCCACGCUGGUGGACGACAGCGGGGACACGCCUCUCCACAUCGCCUGCCGACACGGCAACCUGCUGUGCUUCAGCGUCCUCACACAGAGCUGUCAGCCGGAGCAUCUACACGCGGUGAUGGCUGCCUGCAACUAUCACGGUCAGAACUGCCUCCACCUGGCCUCAGUGCAGGGUUUCCUGUCACUGGUGGAGAACAUGGUGGAUCUAGGAUCUGACAUCAAUGCAAAGGAACAGCGUAAUGGCCGCAGUGCGCUGCACCUGGCUGUGGACCAGCAGAAUCUCUCACUGGUCAAACUUUUGCUGAAAAAAGGAGCAGACCCCAACCUGCUGACCUCUGGGGGCCACACCCCCUUCCACCUCACCUAUGGUCGCAACAACGAGGACAUCAGGAAAGAACUGUUCUCGCUGACGAAUCCCAACCUGAGGGAGCUGCCUGACAGCGAAUCAGACGACAGCGAGGAAGAGGAGGAUGAGGAGUCUGAUGAGGAGUUGGGUUAUGACGACAUUCAGUGGAAUGGACAUUAGCAGGAAACGUCGAGAGAGAGAGAGGAAGUUACAGAGGCAGGAGGCUGUGAUGAUGACGGAAAAGGACAAGAGAAAUGGCUCGGCACGUCUACUACUCCCUGUAAUGACGUCACAUGAGCCCCAGUGUGGGUGACACGGCGCGGGCGUGGCCGCUGAAGAAUCAGACGGGACAGGCAGCCACAAAGGAGAAUCAAGAGACUGAAUAUAACAACGAGUCGGCUCCAAGCUGCGGAGAGAGAGUGAGAAAGAGCGGACACAUGAUGAUGGGAUGCUGUAUGAUAAGAGGAUUGCUUGUAUUCUGUGGACACUUGCAAAUCAUUUGUCACAAAUCAACAUCCAUCCAUGCGGAUGUACCUGCAACAGCUCUGUUGUAUGAUAUUGUAAAUGCUGUGUAUACAAAAAAGAUGUAUUUUUUAUGGAAGCUGUGAAUGUGUACAGUUGAGCAGGUUGUAUAUGUGAGACAGCAAAACAGUCCAGCACACUCCAGUUAAAUUAAAAACACUCAUAUUUAACAGUAAAAAGCUGUGUGGAUGUAUUUGUGGGGACUGGGGAUGGGGAAACAGAUGGCAUGUAACUUGUAAAUUUUAGAAGUUCUUACACAUCUACAUUAGACAUAACUUUGGUGAUAUUACAAAAGAAGAAUCGCAGCGUGUAAUCAACAGCGCCUGACAUUACAAGGCUGCAAUUAUACGAGAAAUGACUGACCACGUGCCUUCCUGCUGCCGUCAGUGUGUCUGUGCUUCUAUAAAUGCCUCCAUCAAAGCAUGACAGCUGAGUUUCAGUUAUGACCCGCUGCUUUAUAUUUUCAUUUAAUGCAUGUCAUGCAGGCGGCGGCGGAUAACUCAAACUUCUGAAUGAGGAAGUGAUGGCAAAUUGAGCCUGCAACUGUUCCUCCUCAGCGUGUGUAAAAAGAGAUUAGAGGCAUCGGGGAAACGGUCUGAUUGCCUGGUUAUCUAAAUCAGGAAGUUUUUGGGAGGGUGGGGCUAAGAAGGAAAGUAAAGGACAGGAAAUUCCCAGGAACAGAACACUCAGCUGUUCACGACAUUCCUGCUUCUCAUUCCUCCAAAGAAGGGAAUCUCCGCGGAACAACAGGAUGCUUCAGUCAAGUUCGGGCGGCGGGGAGGAAGGGAGUUUUAGUCCAAUUCCAGUAAACUAAACCUACUGUUAAAUACACUUGUGCAAUUCUGUGUGUGCUCAGUAUGUUGGCUUUACACAUUGCAAGUUUAAACACAAUGAAGAUGAAACAGCUUUAUAAUAGCUCUAAAUAUAAUAGUACAAUAAUAAAAUUUCAGAUACUUGCAAA